AUGUCUUCACUCCAACCUAAUCUCUGGGCUGCAGAGUAUGUAACCUUUCCGGCUGCCACCAUCUUCCUUAUUCUGCGACUGGCUAGUCGAAGGAUCACUAGGAUACACCUUUGGUGGGAUGACUACUUUGCGAUACUCUGCUAUGUUACCGCAGUGGCCUGGGCCGUUAUGCUCCCAAUUUGGAUGCGACAUGGCUUUGGCCUACACGCGGAGGAUGUUCAAGGGAUGACUAUCGAAGAAGCAAACUACACUACGAAAAAAUAUCUCUUCAUCAUCGAACAUCUCUACGCAUUCACUCUCUUCUUCGCCAAGAUCUCCAUUUUGUCCUUUUACUGGCGCAUGUUCCGCGUCGCUAAUAUUCAGAUUGCAAUCUCGAUCCUAUUAACUUGCUCCAUUCUUUGGAUCAUUGUGCGCAUUCAGAAGCUUCAACUUCCUAUCCUUCAGAAAAUAGCAAUUAUCUUUUUGUUCUUAUUCGGUAUCUUGGUGUGCGUAGCUGGUCUCGCUAUCGUUACCGUAUCUACCCACUUCAACAACAAGUCACACGACAUGACAUAUCAACUGGCUCCCGUCAUAAUAUGGGCUUCAGUGGAGGUAAACCUGGUGACAAUAUCCACUUGUCUUCCGAUCAUUCGACCAGCCUGCCUAUAUAUGAUGACUUGCACGGACCCAACCACAACGUUCGAUUCCGGAUCCAGCGCGUACCGCCGAAACUAUCCCCGAAGCCAAACGAAGCACUCGAUACAUCUUUCAAAGAUACCCAAUGCUGAGUCGAGUUCUACACGUGUACUCACACAACUCGUGAUUAUUCAGGGACGUACGAUAUGA